GGGGUUGUGCUUUUGGCCGAACUAGUAGAAAGGGGCGGGGCCGGCGAGCAGCUCGUGGAGGUACCGAGCGCCUGGGACCGGCGGGCCCGCGGGUGCCUUCCCCGUCCUAGUGGCCGCCGUCGGUCUGCGGGAGGCGGGUUAUGGCGGCGGCGGUAUUGGGCGCUGUGAAUGAAUUCUCCGGGUGGACGAGGGAAGAAAGGCUCCCGCGGCCCCAGCAGCCCGGUGCCUCCCAGGCCUCCGCCCCCCUGCCUGGCCGCCGCCCGUCCCGCCCCCAGGCCGGCCCCUCCGCCCGAGUCGCCGCAUAAGCGAAACCUGUACUACUUUUCCUACCCGCUGUUCGUGGGCUUCGCGCUGCUGCGUUUGGUUGCUUUCCACCUGGGGCUCCUCUUCGUGUGGCUUUGCCAGCGCUUCUCCCGCGCCCUCAUGGCUGCCAAGAGGAGCUCCCGGGCCGCGCCGGCACCAGCCUCGGCCUCGCCGCCGGCGCCAGUGCCUGGCGGGGAGGCCGAGCGCGUCCGAGCCUUCCACAAACAGGCCUUCGAGUACAUCUCCAUUGCCCUGCGCAUCGACGAGGACGAGAAAGCAGGACAAAAGGAGCAAGCUGUGGAAUGGUAUAAAAAAGGUAUUGAAGAACUAGAAAGAGGAAUAGCUGUCAUAGUUACAGGACAAGGUGAACAGUGUGAAAGAGCUAGACGCCUUCAGGCUAAAAUGAUGACUAAUUUGGUUAUGGCCAAGGACCGUUUACAACUUCUAGAGAAGCUGCAACCAGUUUUGCAGUUUUCCAAGUCACAAACGGACGUCUAUAAUGACAGUACUAACUUGACAUGCCGCAAUGGACAUCUCCAGUCAGAAAGUGGAGCUGUUCCAAAAAAAAAAGAUCCCUUAACACACACUAGUAAUUCACUGCCUCGUUCAAAAACAGUUAUGAAAACUGGAUCCACAAGUCUUUCAGGCCAUCACAGGGCACCUAGUUGCAGUGGUUUAUCCAUGGUUUCUGGAAUGAGACAGGGACCUAGUCCUUCAACUGCCAUUCAUAAGAGUACACCAAAACCAAAUAGAACAAACAAACCUUCUACCCCUACAACUGCUGCUCGUAAAAAAAAAGACUUGAAGAAUUUCAGAAAUGUGGACAGCAACCUUGCCAACCUUAUAAUGAAUGAAAUUGUGGACAAUGGGACAGCUGUUAAAUUUGAUGACAUAGCUGGUCAAGAGUUAGCAAAGCAAGCAUUGCAAGAAAUUGUUAUUCUUCCUUCCCUGAGGCCUGAGUUGUUUACAGGGCUUAGAGCACCUGCCAGAGGAUUGUUACUCUUUGGUCCUCCUGGAAAUGGGAAAACAAUGCUGGCUAAAGCAGUAGCUGCGGAAUCUAAUGCAACAUUCUUUAACAUAAGUGCUGCAAGUUUAACCUCAAAAUAUGUGGGAGAAGGAGAGAAAUUGGUGAGAGCUCUUUUUGCUGUGGCUCGAGAACUUCAACCUUCUAUAAUUUUUAUAGAUGAAGUUGAUAGCCUUUUGUGUGAAAGAAGAGAAGGAGAACAUGAUGCUAGUAGACGUCUAAAAACUGAAUUUCUAAUAGAAUUUGAUGGUGUACAAUCUGCUGGAGAUGACAGAGUGCUUGUAAUGGGUGCAACUAACAGGCCGCAAGAGCUUGAUGAGGCUGUUCUCAGGCGUUUCAUCAAACGGGUAUAUGUGUCUUUGCCAAAUGAGGAGACACGACUACUUUUACUUAAAAACCUGUUAUGUAAACAAGGAAGCCCAUUGACCCAAAAAGAACUAGCCCAACUUGCUAGAAUGACUGAUGGCUACUCAGGAAGUGAUCUAACAGCUUUGGCAAAAGAUGCGGCACUGGGUCCUAUUCGAGAACUAAAACCAGAACAAGUGAAGAAUAUGUCUGCCAGUGAGAUGAGAAAUAUUCGAUUAUCUGACUUCACUGAAUCCUUGAAAAAGAUAAAACGCAGUGUGAGCCCUCAAACCUUAGAAGCAUACAUACGUUGGAACAAGGACUUUGGAGACACCACUGUUUAAGGAAAUAUACCUUUGUAAGCCUGCAGAACAUUUUACUUUGCAAGAGAGAAACACACCAUCUUCAAUGAAUAAUUACCAGCUACAGAAGCUCAGCCUAAGUUUACAGGACUUUUUCAGAGUCUUACAAUUAUUUGUGCACCCCAGCAGAAGAACCAUAAAACAAAUUUAAAUAAAAUAUACAUUGCAAAUGGAAUAUUUUGUUUAAAGGCCUUCUUGCUUAGAUGGAAUGGUUAUACCUGUGGGCACUGUAAGUUCGACCACAACAAAAACUGAUUCUGGUCAUCUUUACCAAUAUAAUCAUAAUGUAAAUAAUAAUUUGUAUAUUGUGUUGCAGAUGAAAGUAUUCCAGAGACAGUGAAUAGUAGAAGACCGAAGAGCCUUUGGUUGUUUUGUCUUCUGAUGUCUUCUCUUAAAAUAGCAAUUUUUUCUAUUUUCAUUUCCUAGUGUUGUCUUCCCUGCGGGUGACUGGAAUGCUAAGCACUCUGUUUCGUUUUACAAAUCCACUGUGCCAAAUGAAACUUGUUCCUAUGUAACAGUAAUAGGAAAAAGUAUUUGGAAGGUUUUUUCUUCUUCAUAAGUCUACAGCUAUUAAACAAUUGUGUUCACUUUUUAAUUUUCUUUUACCUUGUCAAACAAUUUAGAAAGCAAUUUGUUGAUAGCAACAUAGCAAAACUGUUAAAACAAGAAAGUUUGAAGGUGUGAGUCACUUCAUACGACAUGUAGAUCAAUCCUCAUGUGAUCUGAAUUUUUUUUCUAGUAUAUUUGUAAGAAAUCUAUUGUAGACUGUUAACUUAUUUCUAAUGGAAUUUAUUUUCUGCUUGAAUUAUUCUAAUAUUUAAGAAAGCCAAUUUUAACUGCUGUAAAAGUGGUUCCCUAUAUGAGAGAAGGGAAGUACUGGGAGCUAAAGACAUUUCUAAUUUAUUGCUUAUUACUUUCUUACUGUUUACAGGAGAAUUAUAAUCCAGUGAUCUACCAUCUUUUACUCUCAAUAAUUAUUAAUCCCUUCAAUGAAACUUUUAAAAAUUACUGAAUUUUUAUACAUUGCAUACAUUUUAUAGGUUUAUUGUGCUUUGUUAAACUAAAAAGUUUGUGUGUUAAUCUGCCUUUUGUUUCCCAAAAAUGUACAGUAAUUCCGUUUCUUGUUUGUAUAAGUAUGCCUGGAUUUUAUUUUUAAAAUGUCAUUGUAGGAAGUAGAGACUUAUAUCACAGCUUUUUAAAUAUUGUAAUAAAGGCAAAUGAAUAUUUGCCCUUAGUUUACUGGUUAAAAGUUUGUUUACAGAAAUUUUCUUGGUGCUUUUAUGUAAAAUGUCAUGGGUGGAAAGAGUAUAGUAGGAACAAAGAUUUUUCAAUGAGGAAACAUAUCUUUGGUUUUGAUAGAAAAUAUUAGAAUUAAAGACUUGCCCCACCAGAUAAGAACUUUGUAAUGAAGAGACAUACAUUCUCCUUAGUUUAAUCUUGCUCUUGUUAAAAGAGUUAUCUGAAUAUAUAAAAUGUUUGAUUCUUAAGGUAAUAUGCUGUUUGUAGCCAUAACUUAAAUUAUGUCUCUUCUAAUCAUGAUUUUAGAACUCCUUGGAUAAUAAAAAUGAGGGUUGAGGUAAUAGGAAAAAAAAACUUUAAGCCAGAGACAUGAAUAUUUUAGGUCAUGAACAUUAUCUUUCUAAGUUUUCAAAACAUUAAAACAUCAGUUAUAAAAUAAUGAUAAUGAAAGAUGAUGAAAUAAACAUGAUGACAAGAAUUGGAAACAUCCAAAAUUAAAGAAUUUUCCAUAAGGCUCAUAAAAAUAUUUUCUAUUUUCAUUUAGAAAAGGAUUAACAUUACUGGUACUUGGAUAACUUGUCAGUCAUAUUAAAGGUGUAUGUGCUUCAAACUCAACUUCAAAAACAUUAUCUUCAAAAUUAUGAUUCAUAUCACUUUUUAUUGGGACAGUUUUUAGAUAACAAAGAUUUCAAAUGUUAAAAGAUACAAAAGUUAGUAUUGUCAUAAACACUGAGUCAGCAAAUUACAUAAGUGUAUGAA